UAUGGUUUCUUUGUAUGCAGACCUUCUCCUUGGAUUUGUACUCUUUUUCAAGUACUAUAUAUUAUUUGAAGCUUUUAGGCACUGACAGUGAUGUUCUAAUAUUGCCCCCAUUUUGACCUCAUUGCUGUGCAUCAUUUGUACAUUUCCCUUCUCAACCCCCUGCAAGUCUUAUAUAUUUGGGCCCUUCCCCCCUCAAGCCUUCUCAGCUUCCCUCAACUCCUUUCAUGGUAGAAUUUCCAAUGCAAGCAAAAGGGGUGGCUUCUCUUGUCUUGGAUGAUGUGAUGGUCUUGGUCCUCUUUAGUUUUCCUUAGUAUUCCUAUUGUGGAUAUUGAAUCUUGCAGCUGAGCUCACUGUUCUUGGGUUUGAAAGAUGUAAUUUUACCUUUAACUGUGAGUUCUAUCUAGUGUUUGGUUUGUUUCUUGAUAUGAAAAAAGCCAUCUCCACCUGGGCAUUUUCCUUGUUUUGUUUCUCCAUGUGUUAUUUAACCUUGUGAAAGGAUUAAUACCAGUUUCUUCAUGGAUCUCCGUUAGCCAGGCAGAACCUAAGGCUCUUUUCCAGACCAGAGUGUUGGACCCUUGUAUUUUUGUAGUUGACACAGUUCCCAAAUCAUGUAGUCGUAGUUUCUUGAUUCUAUCAUUCUAUAUCUGCCUCAUUUUUGGGGGCAGAAUAUUCAUUGUGAGUGCCUUUAGCACCUCUUCUUUGUGCGUUCUUUCUUUUGAUGUAAUUGAGAUAGAGACCAUUCAUUUUCACUGAUCAACAUAAGUAUGGAGGAAACAUUUGUACCUUUGCGUGGAAUCAAGAAUGACCUCCAAGGGAGGUUGAUGUUCUACAAGCAAGAUUGGACUAGUGGCUUCUGCGCAGGAAUCAGGAUUUUAGCUCCAACUACAUAUAUAUUCUUUGCAUCGGCAAUUCCAGUCAUAUCAUUUGGAGAGCAACUGGAGAGAAAUACUGAUGGACUUAUAACAGCAGUACAAACAUUGGCAUCUACUGGACUUUGUGGGAUCAUACAUUCAAUAAUAGGAGGUCAGCCUCUGCUGAUUCUUGGAGUUGCAGAGCCCACAGUGCUUAUGUACACAUUCAUGUUUAACUUUGCCAAGGAUAGAGAUGAUUUGGGUCGAAAGCUGUUUUUAGCAUGGACCGGAUGGGUAUGCGUUUGGACUGCCUUCUUGCUGUUCUUGCUGUCUAUUUUAGGCGCAUGUUCUAUUAUCAAUAGAUUCACUCGCGUAGCGGGCGAGCUAUUUGGUCUUCUUAUUGCUAUGCUGUUUAUGCAGCAGGCUAUUAAGGGGCUUGUUGAUGAGUUCCGCAUACCUGAAAGAGAAGACCCAAAGUCUUUGGAGUUUAUUCCAUCUUGGAGGUUCGCCAAUGGGAUGUUUGCUCUUGUCCUAUCAUUUGGUCUGCUGCUCACUGCACUAAGAAGUAGGAAGGCAAGAUCCUGGCGCUAUGGAAGUGGCUGGUUACGAGGUUUGAUUGCAGACUAUGGGGUACCACUAAUGGUCCUUGUGUGGACUGGAAUUUCUUAUAUGCCUUCUGGUAGCAUUCCUAAAGGGAUUCCAAGGCGCCUUUUUAGCCCCAAUCCAUGGUCACCUGGAGCAUAUGAAAACUGGACAGUCAUUAAGGACAUGCUGAAUGUACCCUUCAUGUACAUACUCGGAGCUUUUAUACCUGCCACAAUGAUAGCAGUGCUUUAUUAUUUUGAUCACAGUGUAGCCUCUCAACUUGCUCAGCAGAAGGAGUUCAAUUUGAGAAAGCCACAAUCAUUUCAUUAUGAUUUACUUCUCUUGGGCUUUUUGACCCUACUAUGUGGGCUUAUUGGGGUCCCCCCAUCAAAUGGUGUCAUACCACAAUCUCCAAUGCACACAAAGAGUUUGGCUACUCUCAAACAUCAGCUCCUUCGUAAUCGGCUAGUAGCCACCGCACGCCAAAGUAUGCGGCAAAAUUCAAGCUUGAGCCAACUUUAUGAAAAUAUGCAAGAUGCUUAUCGGCAAAUGCAGACUCCACUGAUUUAUCAAGAGCAGUCUGCUCGAGGAUUGAAGGAAUUAAAGGAUUCCACAAUCCAAUUAGCUUCAAGCAUGGGAAAUAUUGAUGCACCGGUUGAUGAGUCUGUGUUUGAUAUUGAAAAAGAAAUUGAUGACCUUUUACCAGUUGAAGUCAAAGAACAGCGUCUAAGCAACCUGCUUCAGUCUAUGAUGGUAGCAGGGUGUGUUGCAGCGAUGCCAUUUCUUAAGAAAAUUCCAACCUCUGUUCUUUGGGGUUACUUUGCCUUCAUGGCCAUAGAAAGCUUACCUGGAAACCAGUUCUGGGAGAGGAUUCUCUUGCUCUUCACUGCACCGAGCAGAAGAUACAAAGUGCUUGAAGAGUACCAUGCCACCUUCGUCGAGACUGUACCUUUCAAGACAAUCGCUGCUUUUACGCUUUUCCAGACUGCUUACUUGCUAUUGUGUUUCGGAAUAACGUGGAUUCCUAUAGCAGGGGUCCUUUUUCCAUUGAUGAUCAUGCUUUUGGUUCCUGUGAGACAGUACGUUCUUCCCAAGCUCUUCAAAGGAGCUCAUCUUACAGAUUUAGAUGCAGCAGAAUACGAAGAAUUACCAGCUAUACAAUUUAACUUGGAAACGCAGGAGAUCGAGUCGGGCAUAAGACACUCCUUGGCAGAGAACAGGGAGAUUUUAGAUGAGUUAGUCACAAGAAGCCGUGGUGAAAUUAAGCAUAUCUAUAGUCCUAAAGUGACAAGUUCAAGUGGAACACCAGUCACUGAAAUCAAGAGCAUUCAUAGCCCCCGGUUAUCAGAGAAGGCAUCUAGCCCCCGUGUGAGUGAACUCAGACAGGAGCAUAGUCCUCGUCUCGGUGGAAGAGGGCCAUUUAGUCCAAGAACAGGUGAAAUCAGACCAUCUAAGUUGGGAGAGGGUGCUCGGGGCUCCAUUUCAAAGUAGUUAAGAGGGAAUGGAUUUACAGUGUCUUUCUCUCUGGUUGUUUUCAAUGUUGCUGAUAUGUUCAUAUAACUAUGCUUGUGCCUCUGCUGGAUAAAAUAUUACCACUUUCUAUUUCACCAUGUUGGCUGCUGUAGACUGCAAUGCAUUGUGUAAAAUCUCUAGCCUCCAUUUUUCCUGCUAUCCUCCGAGUAGGGGAGCUUCUUGUAAUAUUGGAAUUGCCCUAAUAGUACAAGAAUCGUUUUCGAUUCAGCA